GCGGUGCAUUCUGGGAGUAGUCGAAUGAUUCAAGAUGGCGGCGAGCAGGAGACUGCACAAGGAGCUUGAAGAAAUUCGCAAAUCUGGAAUGAGAAACUUCCGGAACAUUCAGGUCGAUGAAUCGAAUAUCCUGACAUGGCAAGGCCUCAUUGUUCCAGAUAACCCUCCAUAUGACAAAGGGGCAUUCAGGAUCGAGAUCAUUUUCCCUGCAGAAUACCCUUUCAAACCCCCGAAGAUCACGUUCAAGACAAAGAUCUACCACCCCAACAUUGACGAGAAAGGGCAGGUCUGUCUGCCUGUAAUUAGUGCAGAGAACUGGAAACCGGCCACCAAAACUGACCAAGUUAUUCAGUCACUCAUCGCGCUGGUGAAUGACCCACAGCCAGAACAUCCCCUGAGGGCCGACUUAGCAGAAGAAUACUCAAAGGACCGUAAAAAAUUCUUUAAAAACGCAGAAGAGUUUACAAAGAAACACGGUGAAAAGCGGCCAGUGGACUAAUGACACCUGACAAGUGUGUAGCUCCACUUCUCCCAAACAUAAAUCCUCCUUUUACACCUUCCUCUUUCCUCACUUUCUUCCUUCUUGUCUUUCUCAAUACACGUAUCAUUCUAGUCGAGCUGGAGAAUCGCACCGCCGCUGCAGCCUCCGUCGUAAAGCGGGACUCCGUGUGGAUCCGUCACCAGUCUCUCUGCCUGGUGUUAGCUUGAAGCCGUUAGGAAAACUCUGGUUUUGGUCCUUUUUUUUUUGUUUUUGUUAAGGAAAAUACAGGAAAUUGUAACGUGGUAUCUCAGUAUUGAGUGCUGUGUGAAAUGAUCUUCACAUCAAUAUGUACUUCUUUAAUCUGGAAUAAGGUUUAACAGUUAAUUCGAAAAUAAUUCUAUAAAAAAAAGUUCAAUGUAAUUUAUCUUCUGUAAUAUUUUGUCGUACCCAUUACACACAUUUAUGUUCUAUGAUUUCCACACAAAAAAAAAACCUCCCAGAAUGUUUUUGAUGUUUAAACCAGUGAAUGAGGUGAUGGAGGUUACACAUCUUGACCCUGGAGUGAGGAGUGUGCUGGUAAUAUUUCAUCUGAUCUUUUUUUUUUUUUUUUUUUCCUUCCCUUAUUUUCACUUAUUGAGUUGCACUGUGUUCUGUCGGACGGCGUCCUAUCCGCUCCUAACACACCAUAGAUUUGCAGAUGCACUGACGAGUCGACAACAACAAAACCUAGACACUGAUAUUAUCAUCAUGUACUUUUCCACACUUGAAGAAAGGAAGGAAUACAAUUCUUGUGAAUCGAAGUUUUAUGGUGACGUCUAAUUUUAAAAACACCCUUUAUUUUAAACGUUUCACAGAGAGACCUUGUGGUUUGUUCAUUAUUUGGGAUUAGGGUAUCUCUCUCUCUCUCUCUCUCUCUCUAUAUAUAUAUAUA